AUGAAGUUCUAUGUUUAUGUCAUCGUACUUAAACUUCUAAAUGAAAUCCUUCCAGCAAUGGCCAAAGCUGCAAAGAAAGCAUCACCUGCCAAAAAGGACGUAAAAGCAAAGAAAGGAAGCAAAGCUAAAGAUCCUAAUGCUCCAAAGCGUGCUAUGUCGGCUUUCUUUUUCUGGAUGGCUGACAAUCGAGACAGAAUCAAGAAGCCUGGAAUGGGGGUGGCAGAAGUUGCGAAGGCAGCUGGGGUAGAGUGGGGCAAGGUCGCGGACAAAUCGAAGUGGGAGAAGAAGGCUGCCGAAGAUAAGAAGCGCUAUGAGUCAGAAAUGGCUGCGUACAAAGGGAGUGAGUAA